CAGGUUCACUCAGUCUGUGAUUGGCUACUUUAGGGUCGGAGUGAUGUAUAUAAGCUGCACUGAUAUGACAGUCCAUCAUUCCACAGGAUCACCAAGUAACCAUGAGGUCUCUGGUCUUUAUUCUGCUUCUGGGAGCCGCUGUGGCUGAGGAUGAUGAUAAGAUUGUUGGAGGGUACGAGUGUGAGCCCCACUCCAAGCCCUGGCAGGUGUCUCUGAACUCUGGGUACCACUUCUGCGGUGGCUCCCUGGUCAACGAGAACUGGGUGGUGUCCGCUGCUCACUGCUACAAAUCCCGUGUUGAGGUGCGUCUGGGCGAGCACAACAUCAGGAAGACCGAGGGCAAUGAGCAGUUCAUCCGCUCCUCCCGCGUGAUCCGCCACCCCAGCUACGACUCCUGGAACAUCAACAACGACAUCAUGCUGAUCAAGCUCAGCGAGCCCGCCACCUUCAGCAGCGCCGUGCAGCCUGUGGCCCUGCCCACCAGCUGUGCCUCUGCUGGCACCAUGUGCACCGUCUCUGGCUGGGGCGACACCAUGACCUCCAACGAUGGCACCAGACUGCAGUGCCUGGAGAUCCCCAUCCUGUCGGACGACGAUUGUAAAAGCUCUUACCCUGGGAUGAUCACCCCCGCCAUGUUCUGCGCUGGCUACCUGCAGGGAGGCAAGGACUCCUGCCAGGGUGACUCUGGCGGCCCUGUUGUGUGUAACGGCGAGCUCCAGGGUGUUGUGUCCUGGGGAUACGGCUGUGCUGAGAGGGAUCACCCCGGUGUCUACGCCAGGGUCUGCCUCUUCAAUGACUGGCUUACUUCCACCAUGGGAUGUAUAUAUACUGCACUGGCAUGCCAGUUCAUCAUUCAACAGGAUCACCAAAUAACCAUGAGGUCUCUGGUCUUUAUUCUGCUUCUGGGAGCCGCUGUGGCUGAGGAUGAUGAUAAGAUUGUUGGAGGGUACGAGUGUGAGCCCCACUCCAAGCCCUGGCAGGUGUCUCUGAACUCUGGGUACCACUUCUGCGGUGGCUCCCUGGUCAACGAGAACUGGGUGGUGUCCGCUGCUCACUGCUACAAAUCACGUGUUGAGGUGCGUCUGGGCGAGCACAACAUCAAGAGGACCGAGGGCAAUGAGCAGUUCAUCCGCUCCUCCCGCGUGAUCCGCCACCCCAGCUACAACUCCUGGACCAUGAGCAACGACAUCAUGCUGAUCAAGCUCAGUGUGCCCGCCACCUUCAGCAACGCCGUGCAGCCUGUGGCCCUGCCCACCAGCUGUGCCUCUGCUAGCACCACGUGCACCGUCUCUGGCUGGGGCGACACCAUGAGCUCCAACGAUGGCACCAGACUGCAGUGCCUGGAGAUCCCCAUCCUGUCGGACGACGAUUGUGAAAGCUCUUACCCUGGGAUGAUCAACUCCUCCAUGUUCUGCGCUGGCUACCUGCAGGGAGGCAAGGACUCCUGCCAGGGUGACUCUGGCGGCCCUGUUGUGUGUAACGGCGAGCUCCAGGGUGUUGUGUCCUGGGGAUACGGCUGUGCUGAGAGGAAUCACCCCGGUGUCUAUGCCAAGGUCUGCAUCUUCAAUGACUGGCUGACCUCUACCAUGGACAGCUACUAAAUCCAGCUGAAGAACU